UUAUCAUGAAAUUUUAAUUGGCUAUUUGGAUUAUGUUAAACAACAUAGAUAUAUAUAUGCUCAUAUCUGGGCUUGUCCAGCAAAUGAAGGUGUUGAUUAUAUAUUUUAUCUUCGUCCAUUUGAACAACGUUUACCGAAGCCAAAGCAUCUACAUGAUUGGUUUAAAAAAAUGCUUGAUAGAGCAAUUGCAGAACAUAUUGUUAUUGAUUAUAAGGAUAUUAUGAAAGAUUGUUUGGAUAAUCAAGUAAAAACAGUUCUUGACAUUCCAUAUUUCGAUAGUGAUUUUUGGCCGACGACUAUUGAAGAAAGUAUUGAAAAACUUAAUCAAGAAGAGCAAAGACCACAAGAUGUUGAAAUAAUACCAAUUAUAGAAGAUGAAAACUGCAAUGUUUCUAUUGAAUCAGAAGAUGCGACAGAAGUUAGUAGAUAUUGUUCAAAUUAUUUUGUAGCUAAAAUUAAAAUUCAUGUAAACAUAUGA